AUGCGGAUUCUUGACCCUCAGUCUGCCGUCCUCACCAAUGUUGAGGUUCUGGCCUACCUUACAGCCAAUCCGCCCCGCCGUUCCCCCGAUCCGCCGCAGAAUGCUGAUCGAUGGGUGCCCAGCCCAGAUCUGAGAGACCACAACACCGUGGUUAAAGAGAUCCACAACUAUGUCACUCGCAUCUCACCCCAUAUUUUAAGAUACCCACGCUACACCCCACGCCCCUCCUCCUCGCAAUCCGCCUCGGCAUUUGGAACCAUGCGCCCCCCGGCACAAAACUCCGCUUCAGAUAACAACGACCUCACAAAAUCCGCAGGACCUUCCCGCGACCCCUCUCAAGAACAAACUCCCAUGGAUCUCGCCCUCCGUGAUCUGAUCACACAGCUAAAGCCAUAUGGUCUUACCAAGGCGGAGGUCGUCAUGAUCCUAAACCUGGGUGUUGGCGUUGCUUCGUCAACCGAGGGCCAAAAUGGUGAAGAGGGGGCCAACGGAGGUGAAGCCAUGGAUGUUGACGAAGACGGCAAUGCUAUUAAUGGAGAGGAUGGUGAAGAGGAAGAGGACUUCGGUGCAAUGGCACUGUUCGAAUCUGUUGUUGAGGAGCGCGAGACGCGCAUAUCGGAUGCAGAUGUGCAGGUCGUGUUGGGAAUCAUCCGAGAGGUGAUCAGCGAGCACUAUGGGAGUUAG